AUGAGCACUGCAGAGCAGGCCGUCUGGGCUCAUGUUGCAGCGGUAGUGCUCGGCUCCAAUGCCCACGAGACUCUUAUGACGAAGGAUCUUCUGGGCCAGACAAGAUGGCAAGAAGGUCGAUACACCAAUGCUAAAACGCUACACCAAGAGGCCGUCGACGGGCUAAUAAGGCUCAAGGGGAUAGACAACGAAGAUACCCUAACGGCCACGGGCAAUCUCGGUCGUACCAAGGCCAAAUUCUACGAGAACCUCGAUGAAGCAAAGUCACUACUCAAGCGAGCAUCACACGGCAUGAGCAAGGUACUCGGGACAACGCAUGUGAAGACUUUGAUCGUGCAAGAGGACCUCGCCCUGCUUGCGGCGCAGAUGGAAGAAGAGCUAUGUGAGCCAUUGGAGACGGUGCAACAAGUGCUCGACAUUCGAACGAAAAAGCUUCCGGGAAGACUUAAUGAGAGCAUUCAAUACUGCGACGAGGCUAUUAAGGGUUUGCAAAAGAUCAAUGCGACGCAGCAUCCGCUAGAGAGAGAACUGAGGGCCCAGAAAGAAGAGAUGGUUGCGAUGAGAGAACAGGAAGGCUGA